CAAAUUGCAACCUUGCAACGAGACGCUACCCCAUCCUACCGUCCGAAGAGACAAAUUUUGACAGAAAUUACCUCUUGAUUUCACCAUGGGAUGUUGUUUUUCUGGUGGUGAUGGAAAACUGGCUGAGCAAGAGGAACCUGCCCCUCAAUUUAGUUGGGAAAAGAGAGAAAAACUCGACAUCAAGGACUUCACCUUCGCUGACCUGAAGGGCGAGGAGGUCGGCAAGGUUCCGGGGAAGAUAAAUGGCCAGAGAUUCAUCAUCAAGAAUUGUGAGGAUUGUACCAUAUAUCUGUUUGAUCACAUGGCAACGAUCACCGUGGAUGAUUGCACGAACUGCAGGCUAUUUGUAGGACCAAACAAAGGAAGUAUUUUCCUGAGGAACUGCAGCUCGAUGAAAUGUGUGAUCGCCUGCCAGCAGUUCAGGACGAGAGAUUGCAAAUCAAUAGAAACGCUUUUGCACUGCGAUUCCAAGCCUAUCAUAGAGUCGUCAAUAAAAAUGAAGUUUGGCUGCUUCCAGUUCUACUACCCAGAGCUGUACGACCAAUUCAAGGCUGCUGGACUGAAGGCUUUCAGUAACACAUGGAGUAAUAUACACGAUUACACACCAGUCCCUGGGGAAGAAAACUGGUCCCUCUUGCCAGAGGAUUUGAAUGUGGAGGAGUUCUUACCGUUACCCAAGUCCGAAGAACUAGUUGCCGUGGGAGCAUCGUUAAACCCUGAGAAGAGCGUUGUCCCCAUUACACACGGAACAAGAAGACGUGUGGGAGAUCUGACGUGUCUGAUGUUGGUGUUUAGGAACGAGCAUUCUGACGAAAGGAUUAGAGCCAUCAUAAGAGAGGUUCACAAAUCUAGUGACUGUGUGCUGCUGAACACUAGACAAACUAAAUUGAAUGAGCAAGAUGUGACGAGGAUGUUCGGGGGAAACCCUGUGCAUAAGGAAGCUACGAAGAAAGGCCUUGUCACAUCACUUGAAGUCAAUGGCACGGACACGAUAAACAAAUGCCGGAGCAUCAUAGAGCAGGUUGCAGGAGACUGCGUCGUAUACCUAUCCGCAGAUCAGGAAGCGGCUUCCCGCGAUCACGACAACUGGGUCAAUUUCAUCGAUUCCCAGAUGACCAUGUGAGCUGGAAGCCAUUGAUUGAUUGUUGAUAGAGGCUGUCAUCUUAGAUUUCAUUGAUUUAAGUCCCACGUGCAGUGACUUGUGUUGGGUGUUGGGCUGCCCCAUGUAGUCCCAUAUAGAGUGGAUUGUGUAAGUAGGAAGGGGCUGUGUAGUCCGAUAUGGGGUGGAUUCAUGCAAGUCGUGGGGGGCUUGUGUAGUCCCGCCUGCUGUGUUUUGAGUAAGGAGGCCUUGCAUGGCAAUAUUGGCAUGCAGUUCGCUUAUUUUAAUAUUUGAAAGGGUUUGUGACUCAUUCAAAGAAAAUUGCAGUACUUGAUAAGAAUAUCUUGUAUUCAAGGCCCAUCUCACUGUCUGUAGGGAGAUGCAUAGGUGACUUCUCACGUCAGUAAUGUGGAUUUGACGAAAAUUUCCUUGUGUGUCACCAAUCGUACAUGUAUGUAUGAUGGUGCCUACAGGAUUGCGCGGCCGAUUGUGACAAAAACGUCUUUAUUGAAUGUAUAUUUAUAAUAGUGUUUGAUGCAAAUUUAGUUGCAAAAUCAUAAUUAUUUGAUUGAUAAGAUUGAGCUGUUAGAUUUUAAAAUGCUUGUGUGAUGAUUGAAAGUAUUUAUGGACUUUUCAUUUAGUGGUUUGAUAGAUACAAAUAAUGCACAGGUAUGAGAGUGUGAGUGGCCAUGCAGCACAUCAAGAGUUUUAUUAUGUGUGAGAAGCAUGAGGCACUUGCGCCAAAUAUUCAUUUGUAAUAACCGAGAUGCCUGCAUCAGCUCAUUACCUUUCCAAUUUCAAUCUGUGCAUUAUUUGUUUUAUAAAUUGGUUCAGCAUUUUGAAUCUGAAGGAAAGAAUAUG